ACACACACACACACACGCAUACACGCAUACACAAGCUAGAUCCGGGAGCUGCUCAAGUCCGCGACCGCCGACACGGAAAAAAAAAAAGUAGCCUGUUGAGGAAGGAGAGGUCGCCGGCUGCUGCUGCUGCUGUCGCUGGAGCAGGAAGGGAUACUUCAGGUGCACUUUGUUAGCACAGUUCCACACGCAUCUCAGUGUCGGACGGGAGAUAUCAGAGUCGAAAGGGAACCGAGUGGGACGUCUGCUUUCUUCCGCAAGAAGAUGGCAUCAACUGACUCGCGGCUCCAGCAGCAGCCCUCUCAGAAGGAUGCGGCCGACCAGAACUUCGACUACAUGUUCAAACUGCUGAUCAUCGGCAACAGCAGCGUGGGGAAAACCUCCUUCCUGUUCCGUUACGCGGACGACUCCUUCACCUCCGCCUUCGUCAGCACCGUGGGCAUCGACUUCAAGGUCAAGACCGUCUUCCGCAACGACAAGAGGAUUAAGUUGCAGAUCUGGGAUACAGCAGGACAAGAGCGCUACCGUACCAUCACCACAGCCUACUACAGAGGAGCCAUGGGCUUCCUGCUCAUGUAUGACAUCACUAACCAGGACUCCUUCAACGCAGUGCAGGACUGGGCGACGCAGAUCAAGACGUACUCAUGGGACAAUGCUCAGGUGAUCCUUGUCGGUAACAAGUGUGACCUGGAGGACGACAGGCUUGUACCCACAGAGGACGGCCAGCGACUGGCUGAGGAGCUGGGUUUCCAGUUCUUUGAGGCCAGCGCGAAGGACAACAUCAACGUGAAGCAGGUGUUUGAGCGUCUAGUGGACGUCAUCUGCGAGAAGAUGAAUGAGAGCAUGGAGGGAGACAUCAACCUCGUAUCCAACCACAGGAACCAGGGCCUUAAAGACUCGCCAUCAGAGAGCCAGGGGGGCUGUGCUUGCUAAACCAUCUGUCUUCUUCCCACACACACACACACACACACAUACACACACACACACACACGCUGAUACUCCUACAUGAAGAUCAACUCCUUCUCUGUGCCUCAACCAAGCAAAGUGCCGCACCUCUUCCUCUCUCUUCACUCCAGCCUCGUCCAGCUCUGCUUUGUCCGCACGUCGCGCUGCACAAACCAAAGGACAGCUAGCUGAGAUAAUCGUCACCGGUGCUGUUAGACCCCCUCUCUGCCCCCCAUGCCUGGCCUUCUGUCUUUUCCCUCAUAGAGGCCCACUCUGCCUCUGUCUGUGGUGAGCUGAUAGUCCAACAACACCUGCCCCGUGCUCUGUCCGCUCCCCGCAUCAACCGCCUUGACCACUUAGCAUCAUUAACUUACUAUAUUUAAAACAUUCAUUCCUUUGAUUUCCUGUGUCAGAUAUUUGUGCAGAUAGCCAGAAGCUAGAGUUGCCAAAUGUGUUGGAGUCACAGAUAGUGUGUGAUAAUAUCUGUACUUUGACAUUCACACAGUACAUGUGCUAAAGUUUCACUUUACAUUCGUCUUAACUCAAGUUUACAAUGACGACAGCAGCUGGCCUUGAAAAACCAUAGUCGAUAUUGUGAGCUCUGUUUUUUGCUAAGAGACAUUUAUUGGAUUUAAUUGUCGCAGCUGAACUGAAAUGAAUCAUGUUUCUGCAACUGAAGGCCUUAUUAUUUUUAAGACAUUUCUUGGACGCUUUAUGCUCAUGACUGAUUUAAGGAGAGGAGCAUGAGUCCUUUUUUCUUUUCUUUUUUUACAGCCUCUUGAAAUGAUCUGCUACUUCAUGUCUCUACUAAUGUCAUCCUGGCAAGUCUUAAAGAACAAGUUUUACAUUUUGGGAAAAACGCUGGGUGUUAGACGAGAAGUUUAAUAUCAGUAAAUAUGAAGCUACACCCAGCAGCUGGAUAGCUUAGCAUAGCACAAAGAUGUUGUUUUUUUUUAGUAUGGAUAAACAAAUGAGACAUAACGUUAGGAUUUUAUCAUCUUUGGACAGAGCCAUGCUAACUGUUUCCCCCUGUUUCCAGUCUUUGUGCUAAGCUAAGCUAACCGCCUGCUCACCGUCGCUUCAUAUUUACCAUACAUGACAUAUAGCUCUUCGUAUCUAACUCUUUCCCAAAAUGUUGAACCGUCUCUUUAAAAUAAAAUCUGAUUCCAUUAAACGUUGAAGAAUAAUUCUUUAAAUAUUGACGUGUCAGCGCAGCGCGGCCACAUGAAAUUCAGGUGUGAGAACAAGUAUGUCUUCGUGUUGAUUUUUUUCACCCCUAGAUGAUUUCUCUGUUGUGAGAUUCUGAAUAUACUUCUCAUGAUCCAUCACUCAUUAUGAAAAAUAAAGACGAUAGAUCAAGAUCAGCAUGAUAAAGAAUAGGAUCAGCAGGAUGUGAUCACGACCCUUAUCAUGUAUUUAGAAUCUUAAUGUCAGUGGUGAGCUGCUGUGCUGCUCCUCGUCUCCUGCGCUAACCUGAUUGUAGCUGGGAAACGUUGUUGUGCUCUGUCCUCUCCUCAGUGUUCGUGUGCUCGUGUGAGGAAGUCGUUUAACACUGGCGACACUUGUGUUUGUCACAUGACCUGCCUCGUGGCAUGUCCUCGCUCCCCACUUUGUGCCACUCUUUCUUCUCUUACACACACUCACACGCGCACACACACACACACGUUUUCACCAUUACACACAUACAGACGCACAUACUGUUCCCCUAACUGCAGCAUGGCAAAACAGUUGGCAUGGCAAAAAUACUAUGCUUAAUAACUUUAAUAAGUAUUUACAAAGUAGUGAAUUAACUUUCUAUUGUUGUCAUUGUCACUGACAUAAUAUCUGUUUUUGCAAAUGCAGCACCGUGUGUGUGUGUGUGUGUGUGUGUGUACUCAGAAAGGGAAGAACACUGAUCUCUUGAUAGGUUUAUGUCUCAACUGUGCUGUUGCCACCAUCAGGAAACGUAAGGUGCUGGUGCCGAAU